AUGCCGGCCGAAAAAUUAAAAGUAUUCCAGGAAAUGAUCUUCUCCAUUGAAAACAUCUUAUCCAAAGUGCGUGAACAAACAACGUUAUUGAAAAUAUGUGCCGAUUUGAUUCGAAUGAAAGACGAGUGGACAGAUCUGUUAGAAGAAGAUCGAUAUUGGACAUUCGAUAUAGCUUUAAUAUCGAGUGACUGGUUUAGCUUAUUCAAAAAGAGCUUUUACACCAGUCUGGAAAAAACGCAACAAUUAAUUGAUGGCUGCCUGAAAAGGAGUGUUCAAGCCGACGUUCUGGAAGACCUACGAAAUGAAUUGACUCAUUUAGUGCAUCAUAAUACAUUAAUUCAAAUGUGGGACCGGUUAAAACACAGCCGAAUCAACUUGUAUAAAAAACAUCUACUGGAUACAAUGAGAUAUUUCACAUUGCUCGACGAAAGAAGAAAACGAUGGAUGGCGCCGAAAGGUUCGUCGAAAUGUAUACUUACGUUUUCUAAUCAACAUAGUAACGCAAUUGACUCAUACGUAGAGAAAUGCAUUCGUUUACAUCAAUCCGUACAGGUUCAGGGAUUGGUGGAGAAUGUUAAGGAUUUUCUUCGUCAUUAUACUAACUUGUCUUUGUCUUCUGCAGAUCAAACUAAGCUUAGUAAAGCACUUCACUGUUUUGAUGUUCCUUUGAAUAAUAUUUAUAUCAAUUUACUCGCUGACAGAGCCCCUAUUAUUGAGAGAAAAGUUUCUCAGGAUUUAUAUUUUCAAAGUCGAAUAGUCGAUGACUCUGAAAUGUAUCGAAAACUAGAAAAACAUUCGUUGAUAUCAUCCCUAAUCCAAAGAGAUCAGAUAGAAAAUAUCAAUUUCGAUGAUUGUAUUCAAGCUUUUCAAACGGAGCGAUGGCUCAUCAUAUUAGGCGAUCCGGGAAGUGGGAAAACAUCGUUUGUACGCUGGUUAGCAUGCCAAUAUGCGAAGGCAGUCAGAAAUAGAAAGACAUAUAUCGAAGGAUUAGGCCUCACUCGUAUGCCAAUUUUAAUUCAUAUCGGCGAAUUUGCAGAGUACCUUGAGAAACAUGAAUCUGCAGAAUUAUUCGACUAUAUUGGUUAUCAAACAUGGAUGAAAACUGAAGUAUUCUCAUCGUCGCAAUCAGGAUCCACUACUAACGCAUUGCAGGAGUACGUUAUUCAAGGGAAAGCACUAGUGAUAUUAGAUGGUCUAGAUGAGAUUCCGAAAUGCAACGUGCGACGUAAAGUUAUUUACUUAGUAAAAAAGUUUAUCGAUAGCUAUGUCCUAACACCGUCUGGUGUCUCGCCAUUUGACGAUUCAUUCGUUGUUGAAAGUUGUAAACUGACUCCUACGAAAACUCCGCCAUCGGAAACUACUGGUAAUCAAUUAGUUAUGACCAGUCGCAUCAUCGGUUAUUACGCUGAACCACUAGCCGGAGACUAUAUAAAUCCGUAUAUGAUCAUGCCGAUGUCUACCGAUCAACAAAAUGCGUUUAUCGAUCGGUGGUAUGCAAACGUAGAUACAGCAAUUAUAGAAAUUUUAUCUUUAAGUUCAGAGAACUUGAAACGCACUCCCAUUAAGACUACUAUUAGAGAGACCGCAGGACAACUCAAAACCGAAAUCAAACAAAAUUCUAGUUUGGCACAACUAGCAUCUAAUAUAUUCUUAGUUUCCAUCAUUUGUUCGCAAUCAUUUCGAACCUACGGAAGAGCUUUACCCAUAUCAAGAGCUCAUUUGUAUCAUGAUACUAUAGCCACGAUGUUAAAUGAAUGGGAAAUGAGAAGCUCGAUUCCGUCAAAGAUGCUUGAGAGAUUUCUCACUGUUAUAGCCACUCAUAUUCAUGACAAUUCAUCCUCUGGCCUAAUUGAUGAAUACUUUCUAAAGCGCUAUUGUGACCGAGAGGUUAGUGACUCUAAAGACGCGCAAAUUCACGAGGAAACAGUUUNCUUACGUUUUCUAAUCAACAUAGUUCAGGGACUGGUGGAGAAUGUUAAGGAUUUUCUUCGUCAUUAUACUAACUUGUCUUUGUCUUCUGCAGAUCAAACUAAGCUUAGUAAAGCACUUCACUGUUUUGAUGUUCCUUUGAAUAAUAUUUAUAUCAAUUUACUCGCCGACAGAGCUCCUAUUAUUGAGAGAAAAGUUUCUCAAGAUUUAUAUUUUCAAAGCCGAAUAAUCGAUGACUCUGAAAUGUAUCGAAAACUAGAAAAACAUUCGUUGAUAUCAUACCUAAUCCAAAGAGAUCAGAUAGAAAAUAUCAAUUUCGAUGAUUGUGUUCAAGCUUUUCAAACGGAACGAUGGCUCAUCAUAUUAGGCGAUCCAGGAAGUGGGAAAACAUCAUUUGUACGAUGGUUAACAUGCCAGUAUGCGAAGGCAGUCAAAAAUAGAAAGACAUACGUCGAAGGAUUAGGGCCUACUCGUAUGCCAAUUUUAAUUCGCAUCGGAGAAUUUGCAGAGUACCUUGAGAAACACGAACCUACAGAGUUAUUUGAUUACAUUGGCUGUCAAACAUGGAUGAGAACUGAAGCAUUCUCGUCUUCGCAAUUAGGUUCCGAUACUAAUGCAUUGCAGGAGUAUGUUAUUCAAGGGAAAGCACUAGUGAUAUUAGAUGGCCUAGAUGAGAUUCCGAAAUGCAACGUGCGACGUAAAGUUAUUCACUUAGUAAAAACGUUUAUCGAUAGCUAUGUCCGAACACCGUCUGGCGUCUCGCCAUUCGACGAUUCAUUCUUUGUUGAAAGUUGUAAACUGACUCCUACGAAAACUCCGCCAUCGGAAACUACUGGUAAUCAAUUAGUUAUGACCAGUCGUAUCAUCGGCUAUUACACUGAACCACUAGCUGGAGACUAUAUAAAUCCGUAUAUGGUCAUGCCGAUGUCUACGGAUCAACAAAAUGCGUUUAUCGAUCGGUGGUAUGCAAACGUAGAUACAGCAGUUAUAGAAAUAUUAUCUUUGAAUUCGAAGAAUUCGAAACGCGCUCGCAUUAAGACUACUAUUAGAGAGACCGCAGAACAACUCAAAACCGAAAUCAAACAAAAUUCUAGUUUGGCACAAUUAGCAUCUAAUAUAUUCUUAGUUUCCAUCAUUUGUUCGCGAUCGUUUCGAACCUACGGAAGAGCUUUACCCAUAUCAAGAGCUCAUUUGUAUCAUGAUACUAUAGCCACGAUGUUAAAUGAAUGGGAAAUGAGAAGUUCGAUUUCGUCAAAGAUGCUUGAGAGAUUUCUCACUGUGAUAGCCACUCAUAUUCAUGACAAUUCAUCCUCUGGCCUAAUUGAUGAAUACUUUCUAAAGCGCUAUUGUGACCGAGAGGUUAGUGACUCUAAAGACGCGCAAAUUCACGAGGAAACAGUUUNAAGAGCUCAUUUGUAUCAUGAUACUAUAGCCACGAUGUUAAAUGAAUGGGAAAUGAGAAGCUCGAUUCCGUCAAAGAUGCUUGAGAGAUUUCUCACUGUUAUAGCCACUCAUAUUCAUGACAAUUCAUCCUCUGGCCUAAUUGAUGAAUACUUUCUAAAGCGCUAUUGUGACCGAGAGGUUAGUGACUCUAAAGACGCGCAAAUUCACGAGGAAACAGUUUCUAAUUUUAUCAAAUUGCUCAACGACGAGACAGGUGUAUUGAUCGCUAGAGGAGAAAAAGUCUACGGUUUUUCUCAUUUGACAUUUCAAGAGUAUUUUGUAUGUUUAAACAUAAUCAAAUCUGAUUGUGUAGGAAGUCGUAUCGACGACGAUGAGUUGUAUGAAAUAGUUCAUAGAUUUCUUUCACUUGGAAAUCAGUCGCGUUAUCGAGAACCUUUACUACUAGGAUUAGGAUAUAUCAGCUGGAAAUGGAAUUUGAAUGGUCAAUACGAUCACUUUUGUACCGAAUUGAUCUUUAAUGAUGAGAAGAGUGUGAGCAAACAUAUUCCUUUAGGAGCCUUGCUACUAAUAUCAGCAAUUGAUGAUCUCGAAUGUCUACCGUCGAAACUGGUAGUUUUUGACGCGUUCGCACAGCUUUUGACAGCUGCGGGUAAAUAUAAUUGGCAAAUAAGUUAUCCUCAAUUCGAAGAUCAGGUUGUGAAAGAUCUGCGUAAAUUAGAACCAUCUUUAGCUUCUGAGUGUGUUCAACACUAUUUAACAAAUACGAAAACAAUUCAUAUAGAAAGUUUAAGAGUAAUCGGUUCUAUUUUCUUGAAUGAAGUACGUUCAGAUCGAAAGAAUUCAUGGUUGAACAAAGGUAUUGUGGAACUAUACGAAAGAUACAUAGAUCUCGAUGACGCUUCGAAUGGAUUUCCUAUCGAUUCCACUCUACAUAUGCUUGCCACAUUGGACCCCACGUUGUUAGACGUAUCAUCGCAUAGCUUGAAGCAGUAUUUUCUGAAAAAACGAGACAAAUCGAUUGGAACAAAUAUUCAUCCACUAAUUUUCGCCUUGAUCAUCGUGCUGUAUGGAGGUAUUCAUAACCCUGAGCAGAAUUCCAAAACAAACAUCGGUUUUGACCCACGUCGUAUGCAUCGAAAUUCGCCUCUGUCUUCUUGUUUGAUCGAGUACUUCACGAAGAAUCCGACAAAAUGGCAUCAAAGCGAGUAUCAGUCGAUUAUCAAACACUGUCAGGAGAUUAUCCAAGAGUCGAAUAAAAAAGAUUUGUCUCUUGAGGUCGUGGAUAGUUUCAUUGCUUUGUUAAUUCUAUACGGGUCGGAGUUUUUUUCCUCGCAUGAUGUUUACUUAUCGUAUUCAGCGUUUGACGUAGCUUUGAAUAGACUAAAGAGAAGUUUGAUUCAAAUACAAGCGUGUACGUUCUGCCCGGAAAAAAUUAAAAACUUUGGAAAAGUUCUCAUCGAAGACUUCUUCGAGAAGUCUGGUCUCGAUUCAUUCAAUCCGCCUGCCAUUCGAUCGGACUACAAACAAAACAUCAUGGAAGCGUUCAAAUUUAUCAAUGCAAUUGCAGGAACACUCUGUCGUCUGGCUGCCAAUGGAAAUAUACUGAGAUUUUCACUACCCCCUUCGAUUGGGAAAAAGAAUUUCGUGAAUGGAAUAAACAAUCUAUCAGUAAAUAUAACGAAGGGCGGAACAACAUCAUUUCUGUUGACUGAGUAUCUGCGUUUACACAACUCAAUGAUAACGUAUCCGAGUGCUAGCACGGAUCUGGAUGGUACUGCUGCGGUCGAUAUGGUAAAAUUUCGGAAUAAAACACAUCCGAUUUUCGUCACUCGCGAUAACUUUGAAGUGCUGCUAGCUUUCAUUCCGAGACAUUUACAAAAUUUGUUCCUGCAGAUCAUUCUAUGUCAUCGAUCAUUUCAGGAUGAGAAUAUUCCAGAAAUUUAUCGAAAAACUGAGUUACAUCUUUUGACGGAAAUGAUCAAGACUAUGAAGUUUCCUGAAGCGAAUGGAAACUAUCAAUGUCUAUUGAUAGCCUUAUUUCUACCGAAAUUGCGUCAGUGGGGAAUUGAAUCUUAUGCGCUCGCUUACAUAUGGAAACAUGAAAAUGCUAGUAAGAAUAUGAACAAAAUGCGUAAGAACUUCUAUGAAUUCUGUAAGAAAUUAAAUGAGAGAGAAGAUCGAAAGAAAGUGUACCUAUCCGGUGAACGAAAUGAAAUUUCCGCAGCGAUUCAGGAACAACGCAUUCGUGCGAAAGAAGCUAUCGCGGAACUUAAACGAGGAAAUGUUUCAGAUGAGCUCAACCUAGAACUAUACUGCGCGGCUAUUUCCCUAGGACACUUGUCUGCCUGUGAAACAGAGGUAUCGAGCACAGAACUUUUUAACGAAGCAAAACUAGCAGUCGAAGCAAUGACUGAUCCAGUGUUGAAGAUUCGCGCUAUGAGUGUCAUACUUCAAGUUACUGAUCAUCAAGUUGUCUUUGAACAACGAAUAGAUGCGCGCAAGUCAUUAGAGAAAAUAGUGACCGAUAUGAAGGGAAAAAUACCUGUUUUACCUUAUGCUUUUGUUAUUAUCGAUUGUCUUCCAUUCUUACAAUCGGAUACAUUAAAAGAUCAAUUGAUUACAACUAUAUUUACCAACAUGAAGAAACUAAACGAAAAUGAUGUGAAUAAUGUUGAGAAUACUUGGCUGGCUAUAUGUGAAGCGAUAUGCUCUCUGAAAGAUAGCUACCCAUCAAUCUACAUAUAUCUGCGUAAAUUCUGUGAAGAACAUCAGUGGUCCAGUAUUGACAAUCUAAUCAAAUUUUUACGCUUAUCUUCGAUUCCUAUGAAAAAGUUUCUAUCGCAAAAGUAUAAGAAUGAUACGUACGAUUUAAAUCGUUCAACACUACGCGCAUGCGCUCUUCUAUGCGGAAUUACUGUUGAUAUAAAUCAUUUAACCAAUUGGAUAGGCUCGCAGAUGCUCCAGAAACUUGAUCAAAUACAAAUGUCAAAUCCGGACAGUACAUUCCUGAGAAUAACAAAAAAUCUUUCAACUUUCAAAACAAACAAUGAUAAAGUACAAAAAAUCUGCAACGAAUUAAGCGAAUAUGCAAAUAUUGCUUUUUGCUCGAGCGAGUUAGUUAUCGAAUGGCUAUCUUAUGCCAAAUAUUCUCCAUUGGGACCAUUGUUGGAACACGCAUCAUUGCUACUAUCGGCUUCAUCAUUUUUCACCGUGCCUUACGUAGAUAUUGUGUGUCAUUUGUUACUCAGCGAUAACGAUCGAUUUCGUCAACGUGCUGAGCUAAUCUUAAGUCGAGAGAGUCGAAAAAGUUCUCAACUAGGCUGGGAUGUGCUUAAAGCUUUCAUUAAUAACUGCGUUUACUAUCGCUGUCAAAAUGCGUAUGUCAGCGUGAUUUUGCUGUGGAUGUUUGAAGAGAGGAUGUGUUUUUUAUUAACAAUGUAA